UAGCUUUGCCCAGUCAACUCAAAACCGUGCUCAAACUGACGGCCGAAACUUAGUUUACCGCGUUAACGAGUUACCACUUGCCUUUUAUGAACACAUCUACGAUUUCGGCCAUCUGUGCGAAGAAGCUGAGAACACUUACAUUGAUGGAAUUUGUCAGCAUGGACUGUCAAAAACACUUUUCAGUGAUUCCAAUGUCAGAUGGUUCACCGACAUAAUUCAAAAAUGUCAUCGAGUGGCCAGAGCGUUGAGUGUAGACCAGGAAUCAGCCGUAUCCCUCCGCGAUACUGCUCGAGCUGUUCAACUUUUCUACUGGUUCUGUUCAUCGCCAGCCAGCCAAAUGUUAACUGAAGGAAAUAAGCAAAAAGCAGCCGAUUUGUCCAUCUAUUUAGUCUAUGCAUUUCGAUUCCGGGAACGUGAGAUUUUCUUGGAGAACGUUUUUGGAAACAAUCAAUCCGCAUCUAAUAGCAUGACUAAUGUUUCCAUAGUUAUCACCAAAAUGCUAUACGAAAAAGCACACGGGGCUUCUAUUGGUUCGGGUGCCAUCGCCUUGAACGACGCACUUUGUGAGAAUCUUUUCGCAUUGUACGUUUGCGUCCUAAACGGAAUCUUCUUAAUUAUUGUCGGACGACCUGGAUCGUCCAAAUCCUUAUCUGUUGAAAUCCUAAAAUUGGUGCUUUCCCCUGGAAAUUUCGCGCUCCGACAGGAGUUAGGAGACUUGCCAGCAUUGAGAGAACUUUAUUUCCAAUGCUCUCCGAUGUCGACUUCCUCUGGAUUCAAAGCCCUUUUUGAAUCGGCACAAUGACUUAGUGUUGACCCGAAGACGAUG